CAUUUAUCUAUCUAUCUAUCUAUCCAAAUUCAUCCUCUCUUUCUAAUUUGUCCCAGCACAAACUACUAUAUCCAUCCCCCGCCUCUAUAUAAUCACUCUUCCUCUUCUCACGGUCUCUUUCCGGCCCAUUUAUACUACCAAAACUACCAUACUAUGGAAUACGGCAGGCUCCGGCCCUCCGAUUCUGGUGGCCUCGACCACCCCGAUCCCACCGCAUACACUACCAACCGCAGCAGCAGGAGGCGGCGGCUCAUUCUCCUCUCCCUCCUAUCCCUCGCUCUGAUCCUCGCAUCCGCGAUCUCAGCCAUGCUUGUUCUCGGCCUCCGGACAGGUACAGACCGAACUGACCGUGGCCCGCGUCGAAUCCGGCCCACUCAGGCCAUCUCCCAGACGUGCGGUCAUGCCCGGUACCCGAGCCUCUGCAUGGAGUCACUGCUCGAGUUCCCGGGCACUGAGGCUGCGAGCGAGCAGGACCUUGUCCACAUUUCCUUCAACGUGACGCUCCAGCGGUUCAGCAAGGCCCUAUACUUCACGUCGGCGAUCAGCAGCCUCCCGAUGGUGCCACGGGUGCGGUCGGCGUACCAGGACUGCCUCGAGCUCCUGGAUGACUCCGUGGACGUGCUCUCCCGCUCGCUCUCCGCCGUCGUUGGUGGAGGCGGGAAGCGGUUGGGGUCCACGCAGGACGUCAUGACUUGGCUGAGUGCUGCAAUGACGAACCAAGAUACGUGCUCGGAGGGCUUCGCCGACGUCAGCGGCACCGUGAAGGAGCAGGUGACCACGCGGCUGAGGGACCUGUCGGAACUCGUCAGCAACUGCCUCGCCAUCUUCUCAGCCUCCGGCGGGGAAGACUUCGCCGGCGUGCCCAUUCAGAACCGUCGCCGGAGGUUGCUGGGGUCGGACUCCCUUAGAAGUCGAGCAGAGGAGGGAUUCCCGGCAUGGCUUGGGAGGAGGGAGAGACGGUUGUUGCAGAUGCCAGUGGCGGCAAUACAGGCGGACAUAGUGGUGUCGCAGGACGGGAAUGGGACCUGCAAGACCAUAUCGGAGGCCAUUAAGAAGGCCCCCGAGAAUAGCACCCGCCGCACCAUCAUCUAUGUACGUGCUGGAAGGUAUGAGGAAAAUAAUUUGAAGGUGGGGAGGAAGAAGACCAACUUGAUGUUUAUAGGGGACGGGAAGGGCAAGACCGUCAUUUCCGGUGGCAAGAGCGUUUUUGACAACAUGACCACUUUCCAUACGGCUUCUUUCGCCGCAACGGGAUCAGGCUUUAUUGCUCGGGACAUGACAUUCGAGAACUGGGCAGGGCCUGUGAAGCACCAGGCAGUGGCCCUAAGGGUCGGGGCGGACCACGCGGUCAUAUAUAGAUGCAACAUCAUAGGGUACCAGGACACGCUCUACGUCCACUCCAAUCGUCAGUUCUUCCGCGAGUGCAAUAUCUAUGGGACGGUCGAUUUCAUCUUUGGGAAUGCAGCGGUCGUGCUGCAGAACUGUAGCCUGUAUGCCCGCAAGCCCAUGGCAAUGCAGAAGAACACCAUCACAGCCCAGAACCGAAAGGACCCGAACCAGAACACUGGCAUUUCGAUCCACGCUUGUCGGAUCCUUGCGACCUCGGACCUCCUUGGUUCCAACGGCAGCUUCCCGACCUACUUGGGCCGGCCAUGGAAGCUCUACUCUCGGACCGUGUACAUGCAGUCCUACAUAGGAGGCCACGUCCACCCACGUGGCUGGCUCGAGUGGAAUGCCACAUUCGCCCUUGACACGCUCUACUAUGGCGAGUACAUGAACUACGGGCCGGGCGGGGCAAUCGGCCAGAGGAUCAAGUGGCCAGGUUACCGGGUCAUAAACUCAACAGUGGAGGCCAGCAAAUUCACGGUCGGGCAAUUCAUAUUCGGGUCGUCAUGGUUGCCGUCGACCGGAGUGGCAUUCAUGGCCGGACUUUCGGUUUAGUUAACCUCUUAUUAACAUUGUGAUAUAGGCGCAAAAUAGUGAAGUAAACCCCCAUGAACUCAGUGGAUUUUUUUUUUUUUUUCAAUUUUCUUCUUUGUAAUUGUGGUAUAUAAUAUAUAGUCUCUAAUAAGAUGUGUCCAGCUCUCUUUUUUAAUUUUUUGUUCAACAAAAUGUUUAGCAAUAAAAAUAAAGUUGAUCGAUUUGUCCUA